AUGAAGGACGAAAGGUGUAUUUUUAUUAUAUUUCCAGAUGUUACUAAUAAUUUUAAAGACGAAGAAGUUCUAGAGAAAUUAGAGGAAAAAAAUUUUAUUAUUUUAAAAAAAAAAAAAGUGCACUUAGUAGAAAAUGAAAUAAAAGAAAUAUUUAAUUUCAAACCUGCUCAAUACAAAAAUAUAAAUGAAUUUUAUGAAUAUAUAGGAAGUGGCUUGUCUGUUAUUUCUUUAAUAGAACAUAUAGAGGGAGAUACAAUUAUAAAAUUAAACUCUUUAGUUAAAAGAAAUUCUAUCUUGAUAAAAGAUGAAAAAUAUUUUGAAUGUUUGGAAUACCAGUGCAAUUUAAAUUGCAAAAAUAUUCCUUUUUAUUUUAGCAAAAAUUAUUGGUUUUUUAGCCGAGAUCUUAAUUUUUUUUUUCAAUCUUAUGAAAAUAAUAAUAUUGAAAGAACAUUAAUAAUAUUAAAACCUGAUGUUAUAGAACUAAAUCACUUAAAUAAUAUAAUAAAUGAUAUAUUGAAUUUUGAUUUAUUAAUAGUUGCUAUAAGAAGAGGAAUAUUAUCGUGUGAUCGAGCAAAAAAAUUAUAUGAAGAUUCAUAUAGAAAGCCUUAUUACAAAAGUCUAAUAAAUUUUAUGACUUCUACUAAAGGAAUAGUUUGCUUAGUAAUUGAAGGUAGAAAUUGCAUAAAAAGAGCCAAAAUUUUGUGUGGUCCUUCUUUAUCAAUGAGUAAUUUUGACAAUGUACCAAAAAAUUGUCUAAAAAAAAAAUAUGGAACAUGUAAAAUGAGAAAUGCAGUGCAUAUUCCUGAUGAUAAUAAUAUAGAUAAAGAAAUAGAAUUAUUUUUUGGUGAUGAAAAUUUUAAAUGUGAAAAAGGAAUUUUAUUAAUUAAAAAAAAAAUAUUAAAUUCAGAGGAUUUAUUUAGUCUAAGAGAAUAUUUAAAAUAUUAUGGAUUUCGUAUAUUAGAAGAGAAAAUAAUUUUAAUGAAUGAAAGUAGCUUUAAAAAUUUAUCUGAAGAAAAAAAAAAACAAGCAGAUGAUUUAGCUGAGAAAGAAUUUAUUAUUAUUAUUAUAUCAAGAAUUAACUGUAUUACUUGUUUACAAUACUUAAUUGGAUUGAAUACUGUUAAAGAAUCAAAAAUUGAAAGACCUAAUAGCAUUAAAAGUGUAUUUUGUAGAAAUGAUGAUGAUAUUAUGUUUGUGAAAGAUAAAAAUAAAAUAAAUGAGUUAAUUAGGAGUUAUUUUAAUUUUGAAAAAUAUAAUGACAUUAUUACUAUUGAAAAUGUAAAAAAUUAUAUAUUCUGCAAAAAUGUUACUAAUUUCUACAAGCCAGAAGAAAACAUAAAGUUAACAAAUGUAUUAAUGGAAUGUUUUACUGAAAUUUGUAAAUUAAAGCCUGAUGAAAAUUCCUCUAUAUUAUGGUUAAGUAAAUGGUUUGAACAAAAAGAGAGAGAAAUUAAAGACAUCAUUACAAAAAAAAAUGAAAUAAAAAACAAAGAUGAAACUUUUAAUUUAUUAAAAAAAAAAGAAAAAAAACUUACAAGAGUAAAAGAAAUAGAAAAAAAAAAUAUAACUGGAAUAAAUAAUUUUGAUAAAUCAUCAAAAUUAUCUUAUGAAAUUAAAUUGCAACACAUGUGUAAAAAAGUUAUUAUUAUACCUGAUGUGUAUAAAGAAAAUGUGUUAUAUCAAGAUAAUGGAAAUGAAAAGUUAAAAUUUAAAAUUAUAAAAUAUUUUGAAAAAUUAAAUUCUAUCAAUUUAAGUUUUAAUGAAUUAUGUAAAAAAGAGGAGAAAAAAAAUUCUCUUCUAGGAAAAAAAAUAGAAUAUGCAAAAAAAAAAUAUAAGCAUUUAACAAUAGAUUUAAUAAAAAGGAUAUUAAAAGAAAAUUUGGAAAAAAAUAAAUUAUUUAAUAAUUACAUAUUAACUGAUUUUAUGAAUAUUAUAGAUCCAAUAUAUUUAACAGAUGAAGAUAUAAUACCUUGCUCAUUUUGUUUAAUAAUUAAUAGAGAAGAAAGAAAAAAAGAAAAAAAGGAAAUUAAUGAUUUAGAAAAUGAAAAAUAUAAUUCCUUCUUAAGUUUUCUAAAUAAUAAUGACAAAAAUAAUAAUUACAUAAGAAAAUUUUUAAUGAAGGGAAAACUUCUUAUAUAUAGAAAUAACUUUAUUGAAUUUGUAAAAAAUUUUCAAAAUGAACUUCUCAUUUUUUUUGGUAUAAAUAUAAAUCAUAUAAAAAAUAUUAUUAAUUUUCUUUCAGACAAUUAUAAUUAUUAUUUUAUAGACCAUUUUAAGUUAAUUAAAGAGGAAAAAAAAAAAAAAUAUUCAGAUGAUAGAAAUAUGAAUGAAAAUUUUGAUUCUUCAUUCUUUUCCUUUUUUGUUGAAAAAUUUGAUAUAUUAAUAAACAAAGAUUAUAAAAAAUUUAUUGUAUGUAAUUUUCAUUUUAAUAUGGAACAAAUAAAUAUAUUAGAAAAAAGAUUUAAUUCGAAAAUCAAAAUUUUUUAUUUUAAAUUUAAAAUAGACAAAACUAUUGUAGAUAUAAAAGAACAACAAAAAAAAAUUUCUGAAAUGGUUUGUAAAAAAAAAAGAAGUAAUAGCUCUAAAAAUAAAGUGCAUGAAGUUUUCAUUGAAAAUCCAAAAGUAAAAGAUAAACAACUAUAUACAUUUGACAUAAAAAACAAAAACCAAAAAGUAUUUAAAUCAAUGUAUUAUUUUUUUGAUAUAUUAAAAGUAACAAAAAGUAAAAUCAUAAUUAUUUGUAAUUUAACAAUGAAAAAUGUAGAUUUCAUUGGUUUAUAUAUACAAUUUCAAUUCCCCAAUGUCGUUUUUUGUGACUUAAAUGUAAUUAAUGAAUUUGACACACAUAUGAACAAAGAAAAUAAAAUGGGAGAAUUUAUUGACGAUAUAUUUUAUGAAAAUAGUUAUAAAAAUAAUCAUAUGAAAAAUAAAUAUGAAAAUAUACAAAGAACAAAUAUUUUAAUAAAUAAAAUGAAAAGUUUUUGUUCUAAAAUUAAUGCAAGUUAUUUCAUUUUUUCUAGCUUCCCUAAUGAUUUAGAAUACGAAGAUUAUGAAAAAUUAAAUUUUUUUUUUGACAUAAAAUUAUGUGUACUAAUCGUUGAGGAUGCUUAUUUUUUAAAAAAUUUAGAAAUUUCAAAACUUGAAAAAUAUCCAUUUUCUUCUAUGUUUUUUUUUUUCUAUAACAAAGGAAGUUUGUUGAUAAUUGAGGAAAAUGAAAGAAGCAAGAAUAAUUUUAAAAUUAAAAAAGAUUCAACAGGGUUAAUCCAAAACAAUGUAUCUACUAAUUGUAAUGAAGAAAAAUUUGAAAUAAAAAACAACUCUUUAAAUGAAGUUUCUGUAAUAAAUAAUAGUGAUAAUACUAAUUCUAAUGAUAAAUCUAUCAGUUAUAAUAGUAUUAUAGGUGGUAGUAAAGUAAAUAAAGAAGAAAAUGCUGAUAUAGAAUUCCAUGAUCAUAUAAAAAAAAGAAUUUUAAAAAAAAUCGAAGAUAGAAUUAAGCCGAGGUUAAUUUGCUAUUAUGCACCAGAAAAGUAUGAUUUAAGUAAAUUUUUAAAAAAAACAGUUAAUAAUAAAAAUAAAGAAUUAUUUCAUUGCUUAUUUAAUGAAGAUGUUGUAAAUGAAUUUAUCCUAAUAAAUCAAAAAAAAUCAGAAAAUUUUCUAAAAAAACUACUACAAGAUAUAAAAACGAACACACAUAAAGUAAAGAAUAAAAUAUAUGUAAAAUAUAUAGAAUCUAUAAUAAAAAAUUCAAGCAAAUAUCUAUUUUCAAAUAUUAUUUUAUAUAACAUACCUUAUUUUGAAGAUGUUGAGGAUAUUGCCAUGGACGAAUUAUUUAAUUUAUUAGAAUUUACGAAAAUUGUCCAGUUCAUCUAUUCUACAAAAGAAAAAAUGACAACUGAAAACAACAGAUACACCAUUCUUAAUGAUCAAACUAUAUUUCAAUAUGAUCAAAAAGAAUGUAAUUUUUCUUUUGAAGAUAAUAAAGUGGAUAUUGAAAGAAGAGAUUCCAUUGAAAAAGAAGAGAACUUUGAAAAUAAAAUCAAAAGUAGUAAUAAUAAGAAAUAUUCAAAUGAAGAAAUUAUAAAUAAAAAAACAAAUGUUUUAAAUGAAAAUGAAGUUGAUUUAGAAGAUAAUGAAGCAAAUGAUGAACAGAUAGAAGAAAAAAGUGAAGAUCAAAAAAAGAGAUACAAUAAAAAAGCUGAAAAUAUAAAAAAUAUUAUAUUAAAAAAAUAUUCAGGUAUUGAGUUCACUAGAAUUUUUAUAAAUAAAAACAUACCAUUUAAUGUUAGUAAUCCUUAUUGCCCUAAAAUAAUAAUUCUAUUUAUUCCUCAAAAUGAACAUUUACAAUUUUAUUUAUCUUCUCUUGUAUGUUAUAAUUUAAAACAUUUCAUAUCUAUUAAUACAACAAACUUAAUGCAUGAAGAGAUAAUAAAAGAAAAAAUAAAAAAUAAGAUGAUAUAUUUUAAACAUGAAAAAAUGAGCAAAAAAAACAACUUUACUAUAGACAAAAGAAAGAUGUUGAAAAACAUUUUUAAAUCUUUACUUGAUAAAAUAAAAAAUUUAGACAGCAAUAUAUUAUUAACAGGUUUCCCUAUUGUAAAAAAGAAAUAUAAUGAUGGUGAUUAUUUUUAUCAAUUCAAUUUAUUUAAGUCUUUUAAAAUACAUGGAAUAAUAUCUCUUUAUUUUGAUGAUAAUUAUUUAGAAACCUUUUCAUCCAAUAAAAAUAUAUGCGAAGAAAAAUAUAAUGAUAUAUUAGAACUAAUAAAAAAAGAAUUUAGUCACAAUCAUAAGAUAUAUUCUGAAAAAAUAGUUAAUAAAAAUGAUUUAAAACAUGUAUUAAAUGACAUAAAAAAUCAUUUUUCUUUUUAA